AAAUUCUAUAGGGCUCAAAAUUUAAGUUAGGGCAAGUUUUUGAGACGACACAGUCUACUUCGACACUCCGCAGGACGCAGCCCUCCGCUAUCUCCUCAGGCUCAGGUGACACCGUGACAAGGGCAUCUCAAAAUAUUUGAAAUCUCAGGGCCGGCCCUGAGGCUUUGCUCAACUGCCCACUGCGAUCUCCUCCACCGGCGAGAAGAGAAGUUCCUCCACCACUUUCUCUCUCCUCCAGGUGCUAAAUAAAGAGAAGACAUGAAUGCAUUUAAGGCUUACAAAGCAUGCGUCCCAAUUGCUUGGAGUCCCAAACUUUACAUAACCUUGGUGAGGGGAAUUCCAGGAACCAGGAGACUUCACAGGCGUACCUUAGACGCAUUACGGCUUCGCAAGUGCAAUCGAACUGUCAUGCAAGGGAACACUCCUAGUAUCAGAGGAAUGCUUCAACAGGUUAAGAGAUUGAUUGUGAUUGAGACUGAAGAGAUGUAUCAAGCCCGUAAACAAAAGCAUGCAGACCACCGAGCUGUACGUCCUGCAUUGGUGGUGAACCACACCCCUUUCCCAGCAAGUGAUUCUUCGCAGCAACCUACGUAAUUUUUCUGAGGAGUUUAAAUAUCUGAGCAUGAGAAGAAAUGUAUCUAGAGCUGAUGCAGUUAAACUGUAGCAGCAGUUAAACUGUAGCUGGAGGUUAUCCCAAUCCUUUCUGAGCUGAACAAUUCCAUUAGAUAGAUAUGUUCAUGGUUAUCAUGUUAUUUGCAGUGGAAUGCUUUUCUAUUUUUGCAUAAAGUGAAGGACGAAUCAGCUGUUUCUAGAAUUACAUAAAAUAUUAUUAAAACUUUCUAGUUUUGGCA